GAAAGAGGGAGGUAGAGAGAGAGGGGGCGGUGAGCAACAGUGAGUGAGCGAGAGAGAUCUGCAGCAGAACUGGAUCAGAUAGCAGAGAUAGAGAGAAAGAAGAGAGGGUGACUGUAUGGAUUGGACUAGGUUGGGGGAAACGUUGAUUUAAGCAAGUGGAUCCCUCCAGAGAGAGAGAGCGAGAUAGAGAGAGAGAGAGAGAGAGAGAGAGAGAGAGAGAGAGAGAGAGAGAGAGAGAGAGAUCCCCAAAGAACGUUCCGGAAUGUCAUGCUUUUUUUUUCUCCAGAAAAUUGUUACCUCGCGAGGUUACCUUUGGGGGUUCUGGUCCUUUCCUUCCUAAUUUUCCCAUCUACCUAUUUCUGAAAUAGAGAGGACACAGAAAGAACCCAGGGCACCUAUCGAGUGCGUCUUGUUGGAACAGGUGGUCCCUGUCCUGUCACUGCAUUGUGUUGUGCGGGCACUUUUCCUGAACAGAGAAAGAGACCAGUGACGACCAGGACCGAUCGAGAUGAAGAACCUCAGCGGGUUUUUCCGGUUCUGCCUCACUCGGAUGGAGUGGUUCUACCCAUAAAGGAUCUGAAGAGAAUUAGCCAGAACCCAGCAGAGAACAUGCUACAGUUCGGCUAAAGAACCUUAUCGAGCAGAGGGGGAACUGGAAAACCUCCGUGGAACCUCUGUACCUCUGUUCUAGAGUAGUUGGAGAAAGGGAACUUUAACUGGAACAAAUAGGGAUCAUCACAUCACAAGGUCAGGAAGUGUGUGUCUAGGACCCAUUUGGCCCACUUGGACAGAGAUCUGUUUUGGCAGCAAGGGGGAGCUGCCUGUGCCCAUUUCCUGUGAUCCCCAGUGCUGUCUCCCGUGUCUAUUGAGUUGGAGCAGCGACUCUCUGGUGCCCCACUGGCUGAGCCUGGAUCGGUCAUGAGUGUGGUCGGGGCGCACCGCUACAGCAUCGUGUCCUCGGAGGAAGAAGGCCUGCGUCUCGGUGCCAUGCCUGCCGUCACAAUGGGCAACGGCUUCGGCAACGGCAAGAUCCACACGAUGCGCCGCAAGUGCCGCAGCCGCUUCGUGAAUAAGAACGGCCAGUGCAAUGUACGCUUCUCGCACAUGGACGAGAAGUCGCAGCGCUACAUGUCGGACAUCUUCACCACAUGCGUGGACAUCCGCUGGCGCUGGAUGUUCCUGAUGUUCACACUGGUGUUCGUGGUGUCCUGGCUGGCAUUCGGCCUGGCCUUCUGGGUCAUUGCUUUGCUUCACGGGGAUAUGGACAACCCGAGUGGUGGAGACGAUAACUUCACCCCCUGCGUCCUGCAGGUCAACAGCUUCGUGGCCGCCUUCCUGUUCUCCGUGGAGACCCAGACCACCAUUGGUUAUGGCUUCCGCUGCGUGACGGAGGAGUGCCCCUCGGCCGUCUUCAUGGUGGUCUUCCAGUCCAUCUUGGGUUGCAUCAUCGACUCCUUCAUGAUUGGCGCCAUUUUAGCCAAGAUGGCACGGCCUAAGAAGCGUGCAGAGACGCUGCUGUUCAGCAACAAUGCAGUGAUCGCCAUGCGGGACGGGAAGCUGUGCCUUAUGUGGAGGGUGGGAAACCUGAGGAAGAGCCACAUGGUGGAGGCCCACGUCCGUGCCCAGCUCAUCAAGCCCCGCAUCACCGAGGAGGGUGAGUACAUCCCCCUGGACCAGAUCGACAUCAACGUAGGGUAUGACACGGGCAUCGACCGCAUCUUCCUGGUCUCCCCGCUCACCAUUGUGCACGAGAUCGAUGAGGAGAGCCCCCUGUUCAGCAUCAGCAAGCAGGACCUGGAGUUGUCCGACUUUGAGAUAGUGGUGAUACUUGAAGGGAUGGUGGAAGCCACAGCCAUGACAGCGCAAGCUCGCAGCUCCUACCUGUCCUCAGAGAUCCUGUGGGGUCACCGCUUCGAGCCUGUCGUCUUCGAGGAGAAGAGCCAGUACAAAGUGGAUUACGCUCACUUCCACAAAACCUUCGAAGUGCCGUCCACCCCCCAGUGCAGUGCCAAGGACAUGACGGAGAUGGAGGACGAGGACAAGGAUCCUACGCCCACCGCCAACUCUUUCUGCUAUGAGAAUGAGCUGGCUUUCAUCAGCCGGGACGAGGAAGAGGAUGAGGAGGGGGAGGAGGAUGAGGAUGGGGACAGGGUGCCAGAGCUGGAGAGACUGCAGGCCACCGUCAGCCUAGACCAGAGGUCAUUUCGUAGAGAAUCAGAGAUAUGACCUUUGACCUUUCACAAUAUUUUUCUUGUAACUCAGUUCUAGCGGGUUGUUUUCCAUGUGAAUACAUGCAGAGCAAUGCAAGUGCCAUAUGAAAACCAUGACUUAUGUGUUAGCAUCACGCUACAGCCAUGAAGAAGGAGGAAAUCACUCUAGUCAGACUAGAAACAGCAAGGAGUGGAGACAGCAUUGCUGCUUCCUCAUAGCAUGGAAUAACAGGAACGGUCAUAAAAAGACCCAUCUCUCCUUAGGAAAACUUGAAAUCUUUUGGUCAUGAGAUAGUUUGAGGUAGGAGCUUUAUAUAAUGCAAUAUUCAUUGUCUAUUAGGAAAUAAUAUCUUAGCUAUAAAAAAAAAAGUAGAUUUCUUAGUUAAGUGUGUAAAGUAUUUUCAACAGAUCAAGAGGGUAUUUUGGGGGAUUCUUAUAACUGCCCUGUACUGUAGUUUACAGCAUGAGUGAAAGAGGGAGAGUGUGCAGGAAAUAGAAACACUGGAUACAAUCUGCUGCUUAUUUAAACAUUGCACACCUGUAGUUAUUAAAGGUGCUUCCCAUAAAUAUUGCCUGCUGCUAAUUAGCUAUUUGAAAUUUAUAUGAAACAUAACCUUGAAAUUGGAAGAAUACAGUGAUAAAAUGUUGAAAUGCAUAAAUGUGCAUUGUGUAUUUUGCAUUUCUAUACAAUUUGAGGCCCUUAGAAAGUAAACAAUUGAUAUUAUGAAAGUAGAUGUUGUUAUAUUGCCUUCAGAAAAUAUUCAGACCCCUUGACUUUUUCCA